CCUCACCGCCGCCACCGCGUCGAUCUCCAUUCCCCAGCACAGGCGCACUGCCGCGUCCAGAGCCACCAAAGCAACACUACACUGGAAAUUAAACUUCCAUGUUGAGUAUUGCUGCCAACUUCCCCUUCACUAGGUACACCUACCCUGCUGUUUCCACCUUCACUCCUUGUGCUGCUGUUUUGAUGGCUAUUGCCAAUGAAAUGGACACCAUCAUGGCCUCUACCCGCCAAUGGACUGAUAACUGUCACCUGGCAACCCAUCCCGAACUCCGAACUCUGUUGUCCGAGUUCGAAAUGCUUUAUCCUCCCUCCACCCUCUGGAUCCCUGGCCCUCUUGUCAGUUUCUUCAAGAACCUGGCUUGCUUCACCCCGGACCCUGAAAGAUUUGGAAAUGUUACUCCUUCAAUCUCCCAACGCCCUGGCUGGACCCGCGCUUCCCACUACACCUUUGGGCACAUGACCACUCAUUUGCCCAAUUUGAGCUUCUACUUUUCUCGUCUGUACUCUGUUUGUGAUGCUGCUACCCGCGACGGAACUACCGAAAUCUCUUUUGCUAGAGAUGUUGAUGGUCCUCGCUUCUUGGCCACUAUAUUUGGUCGAGCAUGUGACAAUGAAGCUACUGCUGAGCACAUCAUGCUCCGCUCCCCCGGUGCCUCUCUUGUUUAUGCUGGUAACCUUCGUCUCUGCCAAAAAGCUGCCCUUCAAAUGAACAGUGAACUCCCUGGCAAUCUUAACAUUGACAAUGAUUCUACUUCUCUUGAGGACUGCUCCCCCAAUGGCUCUGCUGCUGGUGCCGUCCGUUGUUGCGUUAUUGACAACCACACAUCCAUGUUCGACAUCCCUGCCUGGACCGAACAAGCUGGCAAGCAGAACUCUUUUGUGCACGGCGACUGCAACCAGAUGGGUCAUUAUGCUCUCCUCUCAUCUCCAACCCUGAUGUUGAAUGCCUCCACUGCCCUUCAGGACAUUCCAGAAACUGACAUCCAGGCUGCCCUCACCUUUGCAUACAAUCUCUACUUGGAUAAAACUCAGCGCCGUGAUGGUGUAACUGGCCCCUUUUGGACCAUUCGACCUCUGGCUUCUGGAUGCAACCAUUUUAGGACGAUUCAAGGCAUCACUGCUCUGCUCACUCGAGUAUACCACUGUGACUCACGCGAGAAAAUAAUGGAGAAGGGGACAUUGGUGAUGCAGAAAUACCAAAUCGGGCGGCUGUUAGGACAGGGGACCUUCGCCAAGGUGUACCACGCCAGGAACACGAAAACAGGGGAGAACGUGGCCGUGAAGAUCAUCGACAAAGAAAGGGUUCUCAAGGUGGGUUUGAUCGAGCAGAUUAAACGCGAGAUCUCCGUCAUGAGGCUCGUCAAACACCCCAAUGUCGUCCAGCUCCACGAGGUCAUGGCCAGCAAGACGAAAAUCUACUUCGCCAUCGAGUACGUCCGGGGCGGCGAACUCUUCGGCAAGAUCGCUAAGGGAAGGCUCAAGGAGGACGCCGCCCGCAGAUACUUCCAGCAGCUGGUGGCCGCCGUGGACUUCUGCCACAGCCGCGGCGUCUACCACCGCGACUUGAAGCCCGAGAAUCUCCUCCUCGACGAAGCCGGGAACCUCAAGGUUUCCGACUUCGGUCUGAGCGCCCUGGCCGAGUCCCGCCGCCAGGACGGGCUCCUCCACACGACCUGCGGGACCCCCGCGUACGUCGCCCCGGAGGUGAUCACCAAGAGGGGAUACGACGGCGAGAAGGCCGACAUAUGGUCUUGCGGGGUCAUCCUCUUCGUCCUCCUCGCCGGGUAUCUCCCCUUCCGGGAUUCCAAUCUCAUGGAAAUGUACAAGAAGAUCAGCCGCGGAGAUUUCAAAUGCCCCCGGUGGUUUCCGCCCGAGGUGAAGAAGCUCCUCUCCAGGAUUCUUGAACCAAACCCUGUUUCAAGAAUCCCUCUGUCCAAACUCAUGCAAAACUCUUGGUUCCAAAAGGGGUUCGUCCAAUUCCGGUCGUCGUCCCCCGAUCAAGAACUCUCUCCCCGGAGUGUCCUGGAAAUGGAACUCCUCGUAGACAACGACCAGACCGGCGCCGCCGCAACCGCCGGAACCUCGGACGCGUCGAUGAAGCCGACGUGCCUCAACGCGUUUGAUAUCAUUUCGCUGUCCCCCAGCUUCGACCUGUCGGGGCUAUUCGACGUGGACACGAGCCGGAAACCGGAGUCGCGGUUCACGACGCAGCAGACGGCCUCGACGAUCGUGUCUAAGCUGGAGGAGAUUGCGAUGACGGAGAGUUUCAGGGUGGAGAAGAAAGACGGGACGGUGAAGCUGCAGGGGAGCAAGCAGGGGAGGAAAGGGCGGCUGGCCAUCGACGCCGAGAUCUUCGAGGUCACGCCGUCGUUUCACGUGGUGGAAGUGAAGAAAAGCUCCGGCGACACGAUGGAGUACAGGAAGUUCUGUGAGCACGAGUUGAAGCCUUCUUUGAAGGACAUCAUUUGGAAAUGGGAAGGCUCUGAGCAGCAGCAGAAGUGAUGAAUUUUUAUUUAACUUGCAUUUAUAUAUGAUGGAGUGUUCCAUUCCAUUCCACCCACCCAAUGCCUUCCUGUCUUCCCUCCCCCAAUUAAUGCUAUUGGUGUGAACAUAUCUAACAUCUACUGAAACAGAUAUUAAUACUAUCAUUUUCUUCAUCAAUGGCCAUUCAGUGGGGUCCACCUUGGUCUCAAAAAUCAAUCUCUCUCUCUCUCAGGUUGAGCCUCCUGACUAGGUGUAUGAUCCUUGGGAGGUUUCUGCUUCACUUCUCCCUUGAAGAACACAUUCAUCAGCCAGAUACACACAGCUUCCUGUAAAAAAUGUACUUAUUUGAG